AUUUUCAUUCGGCAGCGUUCAACCGAAGCGAAGUCGCCCCCGUGCUCGCUCUCGCCUCUCACCUCUCACAGGACAGAGAAAGCUGCUGGUCAUCACGCUUCCCCGCCGAUGCCACCGCUGCCGAGUGGUUGUUGCUGACUUGAUUGGUUAGUUGACCCGUCCGCAGCCGCCACAAGACCUCGACUCCUCCUCCGCCGACGUCGCUCUUGAAGAAGGUUAGUCAAUCAUCGCCGCCGUCGCCCCCUGCGCGGCAUGGCGUCCUCCGGUGACCCCCUGGCGGUGGCGGUGGCCGUGCGCGGGGACGGCCGCGCCAGCCGCCGGGCCGCCAGGUGGGCCGCCGCCGCCCCCGGCCGCGUCGCGCUCGUCCACGUCAUCCCGCCCCUCGCCUUCGUCCCCACCCCCACGGGGGAGCAGGUGCCGGUGGAGAGGAUGGCGGCGGGGGUGGUGGAGAUAUUCUCGCAGGACCGGAGGGCGCGCGCGCAGGACGUCUUCCUCCCCUUCCGCCGCCUCUUCGGCAGCAAAACCGUGGAGACGGUGGUUCUGGAGGGGCACAGCGUGGCGGAGGCGCUGGCCAGGUACGCGGCGGAGUCCGGUGUCCACAACCUGGUGCUCGGAUCCGCAACCUUGAGCUGCUUCCGGAGGAUAUUAUGGCUCCAAGAUUUGCCCCAUGCUGUCUUAAAAGCCAUGCCAUGUUCUUGCAAUGUAUUUAUCGUGUCCCGGCACAGAUUAACUAUAAAACUUGCGAAUCAGACUCAAACAGACAACUCAAAUACUUGCUCAAAGAUCCAGUCAGUUAGUCAUAGAGCAUUUGCCCUACAACUGAGGAGCCAGUUGCAAGACAAGCAAUCAUUGCACGACCUUCCUGAUGUCAACACACCAAAAUCUUCUGGAGUUUCUAGUUCUGACUCGUGCUCUCAAGCCCGCAGUUCUCUUAGCAAUUCUACGAGUGCUGCUCAAAGUUCAGAAAGUCAUAGAAGACGUCUGUUUGGAAGCUUAUGUCGAAAGACACCAGGGCGAACAGGGGACACAGAUUUUGACGCCACUGGCCAGUUGAAGGAAUUUCCUUAUGUCUCCUUAAGUUCUACUGAAGAGUCUCAACGUAUAGAUGAAGUAGCAAAACCGAGGAAGGAGUUGCAGGAUAAACCGAUGAUGUGUGUCAAAGCUUGUGAAAAUCACGUUCAAGCUAAGAAAAAGAUCCAGGUGCUUUCUAAUGGGUGUAGUGAAGAUUUGCAUAAAGUGCAAGAUGCACUACAGUGGGAGAAUUUUUUCAAACAGAAAGCUGCACCGGAGAAUAACAAACAUUUCAGAGCUAUUGAAGAAGCUGAGAUGGUGAAAGAGGCAUUCACUCGUGAGGCUUAUUCCAAGCACAAUGCUGAAACUGUAACCAACAUGGCGACCACCGAGAAGGCAAAGGUUCUGGAUGCUCUUCUGUCGACAGGCAAAAGUUGCAGGCGCUACUCGAGACAUGAAAUAGAGCUCGCCACCGAGAACUUCUCUGAUGCAAAAAAGAUCGGUGAGGGAGGCUAUGGGAUUGUAUACAGGUGCAUCCUUGAUCACACUGAAGUAGCUGUCAAGGUUAUCCAACAAGAUUCCCGUGGCAAGAUUGAUGAGUUCUUUAAAGAGAUUGAUAUUCUCAGCCGACUUCACCAUCCCCACCUGGUUUUGUUGCUUGGGUUUUGUCCUGAAAUUGGAUGUCUUGUAUAUGAAUACAUGGAGAAUGGAAGUCUGGAAGAUCAACUUAUUGACAACGAAGGGCGCCAACCACUCCAUUGGUUUCUGCGCUUCCAAAUUAUUUUUGAGGUAGCUCGUGGGCUUGCAUUCUUGCAUGGAACGAAGCCAGAGCCCAUUGUGCAUCGUGAUCUGAAGCCUGGGAAUAUCUUGCUGGACAAGAACUAUGUAAGCAAAAUAGGCGACGUAGGUUUUGCGAAGCUCAUAUCAGAUCUAGCGCCAGAUGGUUUCACGGAAUACAGAGACGACACCGUCAUUGCUGGCACAAUGUAUUACAUGGACCCUGAGUACCAGUUAACUGGGACAGUUCGUCCGAAAUCAGAUCUUUUCGCUCUGGGGAUUAUCAUUCUCCAGCUGCUAACUGGCAAGCGUCCGCAGGGGCUAAUACUUAGCACAGAAGAGGCCAUCCGAAAGGGCACAUUUCCUGAGAUCCUCGACGUAUCUCUGAAUGAUUGGCCAAUCGCUGAGGCGGAGAUGCUGGCAAAACUGGGGCUUCAUUGUACGGCGCUAAGAUGCAGGGACCGGCCUGAUCUCGAGCAAGAGGUGCUUCCAGAGCUCGAAAAUGUUCUAAGCAGGGUUACCAGUUCCUGGAAGUUUGAAAGUCCAAAAGCAGUUGUGCCAAGCCACUUCAUCUGCCCUAUAUCGCAGGAAGUAAUGGACGAUCCUUGUGUUGCUGCUGACGGUCAUACCUACGAGCGCAGGGCGAUCGAAGCUUGGCUCGAGGAACACAAGAUCUCCCCAAUUACGAAACACAUGCUUCCGAGUCUGACCAUAAUUCCCAGCCAUUCCUUGCACGAAGCGAUCCAGCAAUGGAAGCAGUCAUCUAGAUGACUGUUGUUUCCUGUCAAAUCUAGAUGAUUUUUGGUUCCACUUUGUAAUUAGGAGAUAGUUGUAUAUCAUAGUAGCAAGAAGAUUUGGUCCUUAAGUGAUUCAUCUUGUCUUUCAUUCAGAGCAGGUACAGCCUAAAUGGCUUCCUGAAAUAACUACUGAAUCCAAUGCACCCAAGUGCUAGUGUGUGUCUGUAUGGUUUGGACGUUGCUGCUGACUACCUGAACUCUUGACCUUGAAUACUCUCCAA